CUUGAAGCUUGACGCAAACAAUUGCGGCUCAUAAGAACCGUCUAUCAGUAUUCCAUCUUUAGCUUCUCAUCCCUGCAGUUGACAGUGUCAGCUAUCGCGAAGGCGAAAUACCCGGCCGUCCCUCCAGACAAGCCAUGGAUAUUGUACCAAAUCUGCCACCUGAACCCUCCAAGCGGAUAUGCAUCAUAGGUGCCGGUGCUUCAGGACUGGCGGCACUGAAGAUAGUCACGGAUUCGGCUGAAUACCAACGAGGGGCGUGGUCUGUCAUAGCCUAUGAGAGUCGUUCCAAUGUUGGGGGGAUAUGGUUUCCCGCAGCGCCAGAGGAGAACCAGGCAGUAUCACCGUUGUAUGAUUCCCUGACUACAAACUUGCCACAUCCAAUCAUGGCUUACACCUCUUAUCCUUUCCCUCCGUCUACCCCUCUGUAUCCAGUGGCGUCCGUGGUCCAGCGCUAUCUUGAAUCUUAUGCGUCUCACUUCAACUUGUUACCCCUGAUACAACUCAAUACCAAAGUGGCAAAGGCUAGAUGGGAAUUAGGAAAGUGGGCUGUCACGACUUCCACCGAAGAUCAAGACUUGUUUGAUCAUCUCGUCGUCGCUAAUGGCCAUUAUACUGUCCCGCGCAUACCACAAACUCCAGGGCUAGAUCACUGGCUAACAUCUGGCAGGGCCAUGCAUUCAGCUUUCUAUCGGAGACCUCACGGGCUUGGCGACAAGGUGGUUAUUGUUGGUGCUGGACCGAGUGGACAAGACUUGGUGACAGAUAUGCGGAAAGCGGGCAAGGUCGUGAUACAUUCCAUACGAGGCGCAGAAUCAACCGAAGGCGAACACUUUAGACGAAGAGGGACUAUUGCAGAGUUCAAGGUUGAUGGAUCCAUUAUUUUCGAAGACGGUGCAGUCGAGAAGAACGUCGAUCGCUGUCUGUUGGCGACCGGCUAUGUCGUGGAGUUUCCAUUCUUUGACGAUUCGGUUCUAAAGCCUGAAAUCCCACCGCCCUGUCCCCCGAUCCCUAGCGAGUUGUUCAACUCCACCUACAGUGUAUUUCCCCUGUCACGACAGCUGUUUCCUCUACAAGCACAGUUCCCUCCAUCGUCGUUAGUAUUUAUGUGCCUACUAUACAAGAUCGCGCCCUUGCCAGUGGCCGAAGCACAAGCGAUGGCGAUGGUGCGAGCCUUUGCGGACCCUUCAAGCCUUGAACCGAUGCAAGAAGCGGUCGAUAUCAUGACACGUUACGAGAACUUUGUCUCGAAGGGGAUCGAGACGCCCGCAGCUAUUUACAAAGCAUGGCAUCGGUUCGGAGAACUGGAACAAUUCGACUAUCGCGACGAGCUGUAUACCUUCGCAGCGGGUGGGAGUGAGGAGCGACAGAAGGUUUCAGAGUGGGAGAGAGAACUGUAUCCUCACAAAGUGACGUUGAGGGAGAAGUGGGUUGCAUUGGCCAAGAGUGGACGUGGAGAUGAGUUCGUGCGAGGUGUGGGCGAGGGUGGGACGCAAGAGUGGGUUGAUGCGAUGUGGAGGCUGUUAAGACUCUCGAGUAAGGAAAAGGAGACUAGUACUACGGAUUGUAGACUUUGAGAGGUUGUGAUCAAUCUGGCAUCACUUGAGUUGAUCCAUACACUUUAAACACUUCUUAAC